AAGUAAGGUAGUUGUACGGAGGAAGUGGUACUUCGAAGACGUCAUAGAUUUUCCAUUUUCCUGCGCGAACUCUGCGCAGGAAGUAAAGUUUUCUCUGCUCAUUUCAUUCAUGGUUGUUGACGCUUUUCCGGUGCGUAAAGUCUCCCGAGUGUUUUUAAGCUUAAAAAUAAUCAUCAUAGUAUAAUAAUAACAAAUUUACCCAAAGUGAUACAACCCAAAACGACCGAAAAAAUAAACAAUGAAGAGGAUUUUUUUAUAACGAAGCCAGCUAUUCGUUUUGCGAUGUCCUAAGCCCGUGAGCAGAGCUAGAUACAGUAUUUUGGAAAAAUUACAAUAUGUUUAGUCCAGUGCAAAUAAAGCAGGAAUAUACAGGGGUGGAGGAUGCUAAUCAGAGUGGUAUUAACGGUGUCCCAGGUAGUUCUGAUUACACGGUGUUUACCAAUCAGGACGUCGAGUACAUGUAUCGCCAAUUGCCACAGUUCUGGGGUCAGGCUCAAUUGCAUCAGUCGCAGAUCCCUAUAGAUUUACCGUCAAAGGGGGAGGCCUUAGUCCGACCAGAUCUUCCGCAAAUGGGUCAGAGCAUGCCCCAGCUGGCAGUUUCUAGCUAUCUUCAACAGCACGCAAUGCCUUUCCAAGUUUCCUCACAUCCUCAAGAAUCGAGCAAUGAGACUCAAACAACUCAACAAAAUCAGCCAAACAUUACUCAACAACCCCAGCAAAGUCAGCUUUCUCAAAUAAGCCAACAGCAGACAAGUAUAAAUCCAUCGUUGCUAGGCAUUCCAUCCACGUCACCAGCCAAACAUAAUGGCCCUGGACGGCCACCAAAAUCUUCGGGUGGAACUGGAAGUCUUAAGAAAUUAAAAUGCCAGUGCGAAGUUUGUUUCAAAGAGUUUGGCCACAAGAGCAACUUGUUCAUCCACAUGAGAACUCAUAAUGGUGAAAGACCUUACAAGUGUACUCAAUGUGAAAAAUGUUUCACACAUAGCGGUAAUCUAGCUAUUCACAUGAGAACACACUCUGGCGAAAGACCAUAUGCGUGCCAAAUAUGUGGAAAAAUGUUUAGUCAUAGCGGUAAUUUGUCCACGCACUUACGCACACAUUCCGGUGUGAAACCAUAUAAGUGCAGCGUAUGUGCUAAGGAAUUCAGACACAGCGGGAAUCUAUCCAUACACGAAAGGAUACAUUCAGGGAUAAAACCAUUUCAAUGCAAAGUUUGCGGCAAAGAGUUUUAUCACAGUGGUAAUUUAACUACUCAUAUGAAGAAGCAUCCUGGAUUAUUAAACAUAAACACGGAACAGUGUGAGAAUAGUAGUGAUAUAAUAGUGAGUUCUGUACGCAAUGUGAGCAAUAGCAAUGCGGUCAAAAGUGAGUGUAGCGAUGAAGCUUCCUUAGAUGACCCAUCCAUUUUGAGAUCUCCUCCAAGUUAAUAAUUUCAACAAUGAUAUUCCAUCCAAACUCUAAAAAAUAUCCAAAGCAUUUACUGUGUGAACAUUGUUCACUUUACAAUUUUGUAAAACUAAACUUAUUAUUGCACAAUAUUCUCCGAUUAAAUGUUGAUCAUGAAAAUGACCAUAGUAAUUGUUCUAUAAACUUUAGUAUAAUCUUAUUGGUAUCGAUGAAUCUUACAAAGCUCAGUCUCUUAUCCCGGAAACGAGUUGCUUGAGAUAUUCACAAUAUAAACUUUGAUAAUGGGUGAACGACAGUUUAUACAGUACAGAUCACAUUCUGCCUAAAUAAGCUUCAGAAUUUAAUUGCACGCAGUUAUUCGUUUUUAUUGGAAAACAUAUUCAGUAACAUGUCUCUGUUAUCCCAACUCACUCACUUCGCGCAUUUAGAUUUUGUGGUUUUGAUAUCUUGUAAACGUGUUACUGAAACGAGCAACCUUUAUUAUCAUGAGCUUGGCGAAAUGUUCCACACCAUGGAUGAACGAAGAUUAUGAUGAUCUUUAAGUUCUUAUGGUUUCAAAACCAUACCCAAUGUACGAGAAAAAAAAAUACCAAAACUGAUUGGUAACCAAGAAUCCGAAAAAGACGCGAGAAAAACAAAUUUCUGAACUCAUUCAUACGCAAUUUGAAUGAUGAAAACAAGGACUUGGGUUGAUUGUUGACAUAAGUAUGCAGAUUAUCUGUUAUAAAUUAACAAGGAUAAUCGUAAUUGCAUGACGAGCCCGAUUCUCAAUGUAUAACUAGGUAGUAGUACUGCCAGUACAUACUUUAUACAAUGUCACUUAUAUUUGAGGGCACAGUUAAACGAGCAUCCUGCUGAUAGAAUUUCAAGAAAACUGAGUACCCCUUAAUUUUAUGUUUACUCCAAGCUAAUUAAAUGCUACUCUGCUAAAUUUUGAGCUGCAAGAUAAAUCCUAGUUUAACUGCAGGCCAGCAACAAAGGGUUCAUUAAAAAUCGAACUACAUCAUGAUUAUGAGUUUAUUUCAGGCUAAUUGAAAUACCCAAAUGAAAUUCUCAGCUCCAAGAAAUUGAAAAAGUUCGAAACCGAAUGUCGGUGGCUUAACUCUCAGUAUAAACACUGGACUUUGAAGAGACAGUACAAAUGUCAAUUUCAAUUUUUUCAUCAGUGGAGACAGAACAGGUUUUGGUUCAUCCUCCUGAAAAAUCGUAUGUCACAGAAGAGAAGCUGGGUGAUAGUAUACUCUCUCCUGCUCUCAGGCCUCUUUCUUUCUCCAUUCUUAGAAAUUGAAAAUUUGACAUGGUAGCAUUAAUUAACUUGAAAUGAGCCUAAAAUUGUGGUUACUAGCUUAAGAAAGGUACAUCUGAGAUGGAUGUAAAAAACGGUCAAAUUUGGAACAGUGAAAAAACAUGCAUUCAGUGUAAAUAUGCGAUCAAUAAUUUCAGGUUGUGCUGAAAAAAAUCUCAAUUUUAAUGGUUUUGACGAAUUAUCGUAAAAAAAAAAAAAAAAAAAAAAAAAACGAAAAAAGAAAAAAAAACGAGAAAAAACAGGUAGUGAAUAAAACAAAACGAUAUAAAAAUGAUAAACUUAUAAGUGAAAAUAUAAUUAUUUAAAUGGAAUUCUUAUUCUUCAGAUAGAUUAAAUCAGUGCUAUGGUGAGUGCAAUAUUUACUAAUACACGAACACCGUGGAGAAACGAAUAGCAUUAUGAAAUCACUAGAACAUUACGAAGGUAAUGUAAUAUUUUUGUUUGCCCUCUCAGACUUUGGCCCUUUGAAUACUCAAUUCAAGGUGAACCGUACAAAUGGAAAAUAAUCACGGUUCCUUGUUAAAAAGGCUCUUCUGUUGAGGAGCUGUACUGUUGUGCAACGAUUGUGUGUCUCAUGUUAAAAAGCUUGCUAAAUACGUUUGACAAAAAUUUAUUUACAUGCUACUUUCGUGUAAAAAUUUAAAAAAUAGUUUCUUUAGUAGGUGCAACAAUACAGGUUGCAUAUUUUGCAAUUUGUAUGUCAGUACCUGGUGUUCGAAGGGUACGUGGGGUGAAGGAUGUAUAAUAUUUAUUCCACAUUUAAGACUUUUGUCUAGAUAUAGUUGAUAGCUUACCUCAUAUCUUGAAUGACAGAAACAGCAAACUAGAGAUGCAGCAUAUAAACUCCAAGUGGUCCACUUUUGAUAAUACUACUACAAUAAUUUUCAUUGAUAUAUUAAUCAAGAAUCUUUGUGAGCAACAGAUUGUUAAUGGUGGGAUUAAAAAUUGCCAUAUGUAAUUACAUGAUAUAAUUUUCAAAACAUCCGUCCAAUGAACUCUCCAGUUCCACACAUCUCACCUGCAUUUCAUAUGCUGAAAUAUUUCGUAUAAUUAUUUUCCAAUUGCAGAUUAUUCAUGAGUAGUCGAAAGUCACUGCUGUUACUGAUGUUGAUAAUAAGCUGUUGAUAAUUACUCUCCGAGUAUUACCAUAAAUGAAUUUGCAUGUAUCAGUUGGAGCAACUAUUGAAGUGAAUACCAAUUCUAGCAUUAAAUUCAGAACACACUUGAUCAUACUUUUUAAUGAAAUGUGCAUAACGAAUGAUUCUUAAUGUAUAUGAAUACAAAUUAGAAUGAACAGAAUGAUACAACCUUGUGCUUCCAUUGUCUGCUUACCUGAAAUUCAUCCAGGAAAUACAUGUCAUUUGAGAUGUGAAGUACUUUGGUUUAGCUGUGUAAAAUUACAAUGUAACUCUUAUUGGUAUUAUUAUAAAUAAAUUGAUAAAUUUAUAUUGUAAUCAUUAAUCAACUUGAUAUAUUUUUUUUCAUUAAUUGUAACUACAUCGAUAUUAAUGUAAUUCAAGAAUUUAAUUAUUCUGAUUUUUCAUCUAGUGAAAUUUCUUUAGAAUAAAAGUUGUUGUGAAAAUAAUAAUGUCAGAAUACUAUUCUUCCACCAGAAAUUAAACCUUGUCUAUAUUCGACAACUGAGAACAAAGAUUUGUUUGUAAAUUUUGAUGAUCCUUCGAGUGAUCCGUUGUAAGUAUCAUGUUAGUAUAGCUUAUAAUCAUGCUGGUUCACGGACUUAGAUUUCCUGUGGAAGCGGGUUGUAAGCAGUUCAAAUGUCAAAGCAUGAACUAGUAAAGCUGACUUAUAAAUAACGCUUUCAUGUUCUUCAAGCAAGGUCCAGUAGUGGAACAAAGCAUUGUAUUCAAAUACCGAUAAUAUUUUGUCGUAUUAACCAAGUUCAUGCAUUUACUCAUUUUCUACAGAUCUUUGAGAGUCUUAUACAUAUUCUGAACAAUAAAUAAAGCACAUAACCGUAGCAAAUCUAAAAUCCAUGGUAAUAUGCAAUGUAACUUACGUGUAAUUUUUCACCAUAGUAUGGAAAUGCUAUUGAUAUCUAAUUGAUUUCUGAUUUUUCAUUGACAUUCGGUGCCCAUAAAAGAAACAAUAGGUAUCUUCUGAGUCCAGUUUGAGUCAGGGAAACAAUGUAACAUGUACGUAUGUACUUAUUUUAAUAUCCAAGUAAAUCACGCAUACCGUACAGCUCAAUGGAUCCAGAUAAGCAAGUCUUAUCCCUAAUCUAUUAUUUAUGUAUAUACUGUUAUUUGUUAAUUAGAUACAUAAAUAUUAAAACACUGAUGUGUACUAUUUGUUGUAACGAAUGGAUGGAAAUAAUUAUUUCACUGUUCUAGGAAUGGUGACUUUGCAGUAAGUAGUUAGUACAUACAAUUGAAGAUUGUAAAAUACCUAUGAUUUUAAGAAAAGUUUGUUUUCAUGUCAUUCUAUGACUGUGAACAAAUUUUAUCAUCAUGUGGACUGCUGCCCAUUAUUUCCUUGAACAAGAAAUUAUAUGCUGCUACUUGUAAUGCAAAUUAGUCCUAAUAACAUUUACUGUGAAUAGAAAUAAUCUUAGCAGUGUA